AUUAUUUCAAAAAAUUAGGAACACAUCGACAAUUAACAAUCAGAUGAAAUUCAAAAGUCAAGCGUAAAAUUUAAUUAUAAUAAAAUAAAAUUUAACAAUUAAGAAUAAUUGAAAUAAUUUGGCAACAUUUUUCAAAUAAAUUCAAAUGAGAAUAUGGAAAAUUCAUAUAAUGGAAAACAGACUUUCUUGUGAAAAACUAUAUUGUAGAAAAGGCGCACGAGGUUUGAGGGUUUGUGAUGACCCUGCGCACUCCUCGCCGUCGCAUAUCUCCGCGUACCAAGCGCAGGUGUCGUGUUAUACGGAACUUCUUUCGGAGAGCGCUCGGUAGCUCUUCACAGCCUGAAAUUAAGAUAAGUUCAAGUAUAGCAGUCAAUGUAACCGACUUGAAGCACAAGAUAGUAGGUCUCGAGCACCAGCUCAACGAAGUAAGCCAGCACUGUCAGGACCUCGCCUGCCUGGAAUCGCUAUCUAAGAACAGUAGCUUGAGACCAGAACUUAAACCAAACGCAGAACCAAACAGAUACCCUGACGCACCCUCUGCGAGAAGUACCAAAGAAGAAGUUACUAAACUCCUCUACAAGACAUCAGAGAGCCAUUACAAACAAUCUGACGAGAGCGACUAUGGUACAAAAUUCCGCAGUGAAUGCGACAGACAAACAAAUGUUAUGAACUCGUACAAUUGUGAUGCACCUGCCUCAAAAGCAAAAAAUAAAAAGAGUAAAUUAUACAGCGAGUUGAAUUACGAUCAAAAUUUAUCAAAACGCAGAACUAAGUCGGUCUACGAAAAUUUCGGUUCGUUUUACUCGACAAGCAGCUAUCACUCUAUUAUAGAUCCGAAAAUGGCGUAUGUACAUAAAGGUGAUGGUAAUGAACGUCAAACCCGAAAUCACAGACGUGACUAUAUCGAAAUAGAACCUUUUCAUCUGAAAGAUAAAAAAAUACGAAAUCACGUUACAGAUACUUACAAGGAAGAGAAUCGGAUUAGGAGCCGAAAGAUCAAGCAUAACCGUGAGUUAGACCAGGAAUUUAUAGCGGAUAUAAUUAGGCGGCAAUAUAAACCCGUUAAGAUGUUUGGCCGAAAAGAAUCUGAUUUAAGUCAGUUUUCGGCACCCGUAUGCCGCGACCAAGACUAUUUGAUACCAGAAGAUACACGAGGUACAGAUCUGUGCUCCUGCUGUUAUGAAGGCCGUCGAACUAGACCCAAGAAACAUAAAGAACUCACUGACAUGCGAAGUAUUUGCGAUACCAGACUUUACAGUUCUAAAAGACAACCGCGUUCUAAGCAACACAGAAGACUGGUUGAAGUUUACAAUGAUUCGGAUCUUUACGACCUAGUUCCCGUAAAGGAGAAAUCCAGUCCGAAAUCAAGAAAAAAAUUUGCUGAAGACAACUUGAUGGCGUACAGCUACUACAAGGAAGUACCGCCAUCUCCGCGAACACAUAGGCCACGUCUGAACCUCAAGGCUCAGUAUUUCGCAGAAUUUGAGGACUUUUUGGCUCAAAAACGGCAAAACCGAAGAAAUUCUCCCACAAGAUCAAAAAGAAGUCCCAGAAGAAGUGCUGCUUUUGAAUCUGAUACGUCGGAAAUGCCGGCAAACUUCAAUCAGUUCAAUCAAAAACAAAAAUUUAUACACUCGAAUAGAAUUCAAGUACAGACUCAAAAUACCGGAACUGCGAGUAGUCUCCACUCUCCAAAGUAUGGCAACGAAAUAGUACCAGAGACUGCGUUGAAUAAAACACAAGAAACUGAUUUAUCCAUUGACAAAACUGAUAAAGCUUUGAGUGAAAUCAAGGAUAUAUUACAAAGCUUUCUGUUAGAGAUAAAGAAGGAAACAACGGCUUCACAAUGCGAUAAGUCAGAUGUUACCAGUAAAGUAGCUGCUAAUGAUUUGAGUCAUCCUCACAACAGCGCUAAUGCAAAGGCGAAUAUGUUUCCCCAAAGUGGCCAUAGUUUCAAUUAUACUGCGCCUUGUAACAUGGCCCCCUGUAUGCCUGCAUUCCCGAAUCCCUGCUGUUAUCCCGUACUCCCCAUAUGUCCAAUGAAUCCCUUAAACUGCAUGCAAAAUGGAUACACGGCUCCCACUCCCAGCUUCACAUGUGCCACUUGUGCAAACAAAGACCCUCCUCAAGAAGAAAAACCAUCAAAAUCUGCCAAUAAUACCACUGAAUUCUGCAAUGCAGAAACUGAAGAGCUCAUUAAAGAAAUUUACAAAUAUGUUGCACAAAGUCCAAGGUUGAAAAGGCAUAAUCAACAAUCUGAUAGGAGAGAAAAGGAUAAAUUAUUGACUUCUAGGAGUGUAGGUGGAAGUGCUAAAGGUUCUAGACGAGAUGCAAAUGUAGGAACACCUAAAAUGAAAUGCUAUUCGAAGAGUUGUGAAGCUAUUAGUACCAGAUUAAUAUCUGAUACAUAUUACAGCGGAACCAAUGCAAGCUAUUCAGAUACACUUCUUGAAAAACUGAGCGUGGAAGCAACGCCUUCUGAUUCAAUAUCGGAAACUGAUUUUACUACUGAAAGUACCUCAGUCGAGAAAGGUAAACAAAACAAAUUCGCAAAAGUCCUUCGUUCAUUUGGCCUCAUGAAGAAGAAGAAGAAAGAUGUCAUAGAAGAGCUCAGUGAAAGCGAAAGUGCUAUUGACGUCGAAAUUAAACCUAAGCCACCCUUCAAACAGAAGAUUACCAACUAUAUGAUGCAUGGACAGGAAUACUAUCAUCCACCUCCAGUACCCCCUAUGCACCACUAUCACCCAGAGGAGUACCACGAGCAUCGUCCCUACCUUCCCAGAGUGGCGGAAUUUUCUCCUCAUGAAGGAGAGCAUACACAAAGAAUGCAUCCACAUGUUCAUAAUCAAGUUCCAUAUCAUCCUCCGCCUAUGCCCUUAGCACCACCUUACUCCCAAGCAUACGAUAAUUACAAGCAGCAAAUGCAACAGAACGUACCUCUUUGCUUGAAAGAAAUAGAAGUAAAAAGUAUAGGGACGCAGAGCGAGCGGAAGAUGUCAUUCUUUAGGAAGAUGAAGACCAAAAUACAACCACCUGGACUGUCAGUGCGCAGUGAAGACAUGCCUAUAAAGAACUGUUCAACGCAAACACAGAACGCACAAAACAAGCCGCAACUACCUCAGAUGAAACCAGGUUUGUUUAACUGGAAGAACUUGCAAAAACCGCCAACUAAGAUGGACCCGAUGGCAUUUUCGUUCAUGAAGCAAAAACAGUUAGCGGAAGGUGACUUCAAAAUACGAGAUGCGAUGGUGAAAAAGUUAUUUUACAAAAGGAAUCCGUUUUCUCCGAGGAAUCUCCUAGUGAGGACCAUUCUAGGAAAAGACAAGUCGAGUUACGGCGACCCGCCGACCAUGUAUAGGCCUAGGAUGUUCUUUUAAAGAUUGUGAUGGUAAAAUGUGUUGUGUAAGGAAAAGUGAUAAAUUAUUGUGCCGUAUAUUUUUGUGAUAUUGUCCAUUUUUAAAAUAUAUUGGGUUUUAUUACUCACA